AAUUGAAGUAUUAAUAAAUAAUGUUGAUACAUCUUGAAGACGUAUUUUAUAUAUAAAGUAUAUAUAAAUCUUAAACGUAUAACAUGAUCGAAGAAAAAACAGGAAUUAAAGAUGAAGGAAGGAUUGAAAGAAGAGAAGAAGAACCCGUCAAUCUGAGGAAUCUAAUCAGCUGCUUAAGACAUACGAGACGCUUUCUCAAGAUCUAUUGGAAGAUUACUUUUGCACUUCUCUGGGCGCUUUUUCUUUUACCUUUUCUUGUGAUUUAUGAUUGUUCGGAAGUUAGGUGUGCAUAUGUAGUAUUACUAAUGGGUGGUUAUUGGAUGACCGAUUGCUUUCCUAUGGCAGUGACAGCACUUAUCCCGGUUGUCAUGUUUCCGGCUUUGGGUAUACUCAGUACAGCGGAUACAUGCACCUGUUACAUGAACGAUACAAUAAUGGUAUUCAUCGGCGGUCUGAUUCUCGCUAUCGCUAUUGAGCAUAGCAAUCUCCACCUUAGGAUUGCUCUUGGAGUCAUGAAAACAGUUGGCUGCAGCCACGCGAGAUUGCUCGGUGGUUUAUGCGUGGUCACGACCUUUAUAUCUAUGUGGGUGACAAAUACCGCGGCCACCGCUAUGAUGGUGCCCAUAGUAUUUGCUGUUUUACGCGAGUUGGAACAAGCUGGAUUGGGUGCAAUGUUCAAAACAGAAGAAAUUGAUGUAGAAAGAUCAGACGUAACACCUGAGAUAAGACCAACGAAAAUAACAAAGGCAUAUCUAUUGGCGGCGGCUUACUGCUCGACGUUCGGUGGUACGGGAACUCUGGUGGGAACUGGCACAAAUCUAACUUUUAAAGGAAUCUACGAGAGUACAUUUCCCGAGGCUGAAGGAAUUAGUUUUACUGAUUGGAUGAUAGCAUCUUUUCCUCAGAUGGUUGUUAAUUCCUUCCUUACUUGGUUGUACGUACGAAUUGCUUUUAUGGGAUAUCUAAGACCGCGAAGUAAGGAUGCUCAAGUGGCCACAAUCGGGAGAGAAGGUGAAACUGUCACAAAUCAAGUUAUACAAGAAAGAUACAAAAAUUUGGGUCCUUUAACUUUUCACGAGAUUGGAGUAGCUACCUUAUUCUUUUUAUGUGUGUUUCUUUGGAUAUUUCGCAAACCUGGCUUUAUCCGUGGAUGGUCAGAAGUAAUUACUGAUAUAGAUAUUAAAGAUUCAGUGCCAGUGAUACUCGUUUCCAUCCUGAUGUUUUUCAUCCCGAAGGAUCCUGGCUUUAUUUACAGUUAUAGUCAAGAUCCCACUAAAAGGCCGAAGAAAUCCUCAGAAGGUUUGAUUACAUGGAAGGUAAUUGAGACCAAAAUGCCAUGGAGUUUGAUGUUCCUAUUGGGUGGCGGUUUCGCGAUUUCGAAAGGAAGUGUUGCAUCCUGUAUGGCAAAACGAAUCGGUCAAGCUUUAGUACCACUUCGUUAUUUACCACCCAUUGUAAUUCUUGCCGUAGUGUGUCUUUUUGAAGGCAUUUUAACGGAGUUUACUUCAAAUGUGGGCGUCGCGAAUAUUACUCUACCAGUAAUAGCGCAGAUGUGCGUGGCGAUGGAAAUACAUCCUAUGUACUUGAUGAUACCAGCCACUCUGAUGUGUUCAUUUUCAUUCCGUUUGCCGGUUGGAACACCACCAAACGCGAUUAUAACAAUUGCAGGACAUAUUCCGACGAGCUGGUUAAUUGUUGGAGGCUGUGCACCCGCAAUUUACAGUUUAAUAGUGGAAGUCAUUUUUUUCCCAACAUGGGGUGUUUUCGUUUACGGAAUUAAAGAUUUUCCUGCAUGGGCCAGUAUCCAAAUGAAUAACAACACAGAUGUUCUCUGUUAAUUAGUUGAAGAUAAUAAUUUGUUAAGAAGCAGAUUAAAUUUUUUCAGUUUUCCUUAAAUUCUCUUUCCACAAAAUGUAAUAAUACAGAAAAAUUAUUUAUAUGAAUAUAUACAGAAUAUUGUAUAAUGUAAUCGCAAGUUCAUUUUUUGAAAGAAAAAAAAAACAAUACAUAAGUUAUUUUUCUAAA